AGUAAUGCAGCAGCAGCGCCUCAAGCCACAGCCAUGUAUGUCUUCGGCGACUCUUUGGUAGACAAUGGGAAUAACAAUUUCUUGAGGUCUAUUGCCAAAUCAAAUUAUUACCCUUACGGCAUCGAUUCCAAUAGGGGUACUGCCACCGGAAAAUUCUCCAACGGAGAUACCUUUGUAGAUUACCUCGGAGCCUGGUUGGGUCUUCCCGCGCCGCCUCCGUUUGCCGAUCCCACCACAACCGGACCAAGAAUCCUCGGAGGUGUUAAUUACGCUUCCGCGGCUGCCGGCAUCCUCGACGAGACUGGCCAGCACUAUGGUGAAAGGUAUUCCCUGAGCCAGCAAGUGAUAAACUUCGAGACAACACUAAGCCAGCUUCGGACGAUGAUGAGCGGGCCGAACCUGAGUCGAUACCUGUCGAAAGCCAUCGCGGUGGUGGUGUUGGGCAGCAACGACUACAUCAACAACUACCUCCUCCCGGGGCUCUACCCGACGAGCUUCAACUACAACCCCACCCAGUUCGCGAACCUCCUCCUCAACCACUACGCGCGCCAGCUGGUGGCCCUCUACAGCGUGGGCCUCCGCAAGUUCGUGCUGGCGGGGCUGGGCCCCCUGGGCUGCAUCCCCAACCAGCGCGCCACCGGGCAGGGGCCCCCGGGGCGCUGCGUGGACUACGUCAACCAGAUCCUGGGGCCCUUCAACCAGGGGCUCCUCUCCCUCGUGGACGCCCUCAACAACGGCUCCCACCCCGGCUCCAUCUUCGUCUACGGCAACUCCUACGCCGCCAUGGGCGACAUCCUCAACAACCCUGCCAGGUACGGCUUCAGGGUCGUCGACAGAGGCUGCUGCGGCUUCGGACAACAGAUCACGUGCCUGCCGUGGAUGCCGCCCUGCUUCGACAGGACUCAGUACGUGUUUUGGGAUGCCUUCCAUCCCACGCAGGCCGUCGAUGCUGUUCUUGCUCACCGGGCAUACGCCGGCCCUCCUUCCGACUGCCAUCCCAUUAACGUGCAGCAGCUCGCUCUUAUCAACUUUCUCUGAUUUCAUCUCUAGUAUUGUUAUGUAGUUACAAUUACAUUACACCACAGAAUAAUAAUUAAGUUACAUUGUUCUUUACUAAAUAAAAUUUCAGGUUGAUUA